UAGAUGGAUCAAAAAAACAAUGUGACUUACUUUGUCCUCUUGGGCCUCACACAGAAUCCAAAGGUUCAGAAAGUCCUUUUCAUUUUGUUUCUGCUCUUGUACAUUUUUACCAUGGUGGGCAACAUGCUCAUCGUGGUGACAGUAACUGUCAGUAAGACCCUGGACUCACCUAUGUAUUUCUUUCUUGCCAGCCUCUCAUUUAUGGAUGCAAUUUAUUCCACUACUAUUUCUCCUAAACUAAUUUCAAACUUGUUCUUUGGAGAAAAUACCAUAUCCUUCAAAUUUUGUAUGGCUCAGCUCUUUACAGGGCAUUUCUUUGGUGGAUCGGAGGUGUUCCUUCUGCUGGUCAUGGCCUAUGACCGCUAUGUGGCUAUCUGUAAGCCCCUACAUUAUUUGGUUAUCAUGAGACAAUGGGUGUGUGUUGUGUUGCUGAUAGUGUCCUGGAUUGGAGGCUUUCUUCAUUCAGUAAUUCAACUUGGCACAAUUUCUGGACUUCCAUUCUGUGGCUCCAAUGUUAUUGAUCAUUUUAUCUGUGACAUGUAUCCAUUGUUGGAACUCAUCUGUACUGACACCUAUGUGAUUGGUCUCCUAGUUUUGGCUAAUGGAGGACUCAUCUGCACUGUUGUGUUUCUGCUUUUACUCAUCUCUUAUGUUGUCAUCUUGCGCUCCCUAAAGAACCUGAGUCAGGAAGGGAGGAGGAAAGCCCUCCAGACCUGUGGUUCCCACAUCACUGUGGUUGUCUUAUUCUUUGUUCCCUGUAUUUUCAUGUAUGUGAGACCUGCAAAAACCUUCCCGAUUGACAAGUCACUGAGUGUGUUUUAUACAGUCAUAACCCCCAUGUUGAACCCAUUAAUCUAUACUCUGAGAAAUUCAGAGAUGACUAAUGCUAUGAAGAGACUUUGGACUAAUAAAAUCACAUCUCAUGGGAAGUAG